AUGAUCUCUAGGAAAACUUUCAACGAGCUCACCUUCUGCAAAGAUGCCGUGGUGACGCACCUUGCGGAUCGUUGCCCGGAUAAGGACCCCGAAGAGCUAGAACCGACCAAGGUCCAAUCGCUGGUGCAUCCCUUUUUCCAGAGACGCUCCCAUGUGCUGGUCCGUGCUCCCACCGGCUCGGGCAAGACAAUCGCGUUCUUGGCCCCAAUCUUCGACAUACUGGCGCCCCCCGUGCUGUUGGGAUCAAGAAAGGCACCGCGCGCUCUGGUGGUAAUCGACACACGUGAUUUGUGCCGUCAACAUACUUGUGUCGCCACGCAGUUGUCCAAUUUAACCGACGGUCGGCUGACCGUCGCGUGCCACAUGGGCGGCAACAUCUCCCGCAUCGACUGCGAGAAGUACAAGGCCGAGCAGCACAUCAUCGUCAACCCGCCCAACUACGAGUACGAUAUCCUAUUCAUGUCACCCGGCAAGCUCAUCGAGGCUAUCCAACGCAAAAUCGACUUCUCUCAGCUCGAGUUCAUCGUCUUCGACGAGGCGGACGAGUUAUUCGAUGGGGGCAAGUUCCAAGAGGAGUUCCGCUAUCUCAAGGAGGAGCUGGAAAAGCUGCGUGCCCAGCCCACCUUUCGGCCUGCUGUAUCCUUCUUCUCGGCCACGCUCGACCCGGAAUCGCAGCAAGUCCAGCGUGGAUUGAGCAUUGUUGGCUUGGAGAAUCUCCCUGUCGAAGAGUUGGGAUUCGUGUACGUGGACCGGCAGCACAGCGUCACUCAGCUCGUCUUCAAGGUGGCCGGCAUACGGCAGAAGCUGCACCUUUUGGAGAUCCUCCUCGAGAAAGACCUGAAACGUGGCGGCUCGUCGAACAAAGACCCGAACAAGCACACCCAUGUGUACCCAAAUGCGACUCUCGUCUUCUGCAACACGCGCGCCCAGGCGUGGUUCGUCUACAUGUGGCUGAAGCAGAAGGAUUUCCCGGUGGCCGUGCAUACCGGAAAGAUGAACGACUCGGCCCGGAACUCGAAUCUAACGGGAAUCUCGGAUGGCAGGGUGCCGAUUUGCAUCGCGUCAGAUGCGUUGGCCCGCGGGCUUGAUAAGCCGAAUGUUGACCAUGUGAUCCUCUACCAGCUUCCCAACGAGAAAUGGGACAAAUACGACCAUCGCGUCGGACGGGCUGGUCGGGCUGGAAGGCCUGGUACAUGCUCAAUCUUGUUCGACGCGAAUCACCGCCCAGACUUGAUGGAGGCGGGCAUGCUGCUGGCGAAGCUGCGUUCUUUCGGCCAAAAGGUGCCAGCUUUCCUGACUGGACUGGGCGGGCACGUCGAGAUGGUGGAGGCCAGUACGCAAGAUUCGACAGAAGAUUCGCGUAGCAACUAUGACACGGCCCACGAGGACGAGCUGCGCACCACCGACUCGACGACCGACGCCGACGACCCGAGCUCCGAUCUGUCACUCUCCAAUAUUCGCCCGCCAAUGAGUGAUGAUGAUGAUGAUCGCGACUCCAGCCAACCUCAAGGAGUUGCCGACACGUACACCGAUGAGGAGGAGGCGGACAAAAUGGACUAUGAUCAAGGCUUCCGCUCCACCGGCCCCGACCUGCCA